GCCGUUACAAAAACAAUUUUCUUAAACAUAAAAGAAAAAAACCAAAAAACAAAACAUGUGUACCGUUGCAAUCUCAAAUUCACCGGUGUUCUCACCGUCAUCAUCAUUUUUUUACAAAUCAUCGCCGGAGACUUUGACUUUGACUAGCUCUCCAUCAUCAUCGCCGUCGUCAUCUUUUAAGUUCCGCCUACAAAAACCACUAACUCCGGUGAGUGGGCUUAUUAGAGCAUCAAUUGAUGAUGGACCCACUUGUUCUCCAACUUUGUUGAAGAGAAAAAGACCCACUAGAUUAGAUAUUCCUGUCGGGUCUUUUUGUGUUGACCGGUCAACUCCGGCGCCGGCGAUGGAAGAUCGGUGGAAGGAGGUGGUGGUUGAUGGUGAUGGGUAUUCGGUUUAUUGUAAGAGAGGGAAAAGAGAGGCUAUGGAAGAUCGGUUUGUUGCUAAUGUUGAAUUUAAUGGACUAGAUACUAAAAAGGGCUUCUUUGGUGUUUUUGAUGGUCAUGGUGGAUCAAAAGCGGCUGAAUUUGCAGUCGAAAAUCUAGAAAGCAAGAUCCAAGAAGAAGUACUAAAGAGGGGUGAAGUCGAAAUAGUUGAAGCAAUCAAACAAGGUUACUUAAACACAGAUUCAUUGUUUUUAAAGCAAGAACAACGUGGCGGAGCUUGUUGUGUGACGGCUAUCAUUAACUCGGGCAACCUUGUUGUAUCAAAUGCUGGUGAUUGUCGUGCGGUUGUCAGCAGAGGUGGAACGGCUGAAGCCCUUACUUCUGAUCAUCGCCCUUCAAGACUAGACGAAAAAUAUAGAAUUGAAUCCUUGGGUGGUUAUGUUGAUUCCAGUAGAGGUGUUUCUCGAGUUCUUGGAUCACUAGCAGUUUCAAGAGGAAUUGGUGACCGUAGCCUAAAACAAUGGAUUACAGCUGAACCCGAAACCAAAAUCUUCAAACUCAGUCCUGAAUUCGAAUUCUUGAUCAUGGCUUCUGAUGGUUUAUGGGAUAAAGUAAGUAACCAAGAAGCGGUUGACCUAGCUCGACCUUUUUGCUCAUCUAUAGAUAGUUUACAAGCAAGUUCAGCUUGCAAGAAGCUCGUUGAGCUCUCAGCUUCUCGAGGAUCCGUGGAUGAUACGAGUGUGAUGAUCAUUCAGCUGGGUCGUUUCUGUUGAUGGAAUGGAAUUUUUCAGAAAAAGAUCAUCAAGAAAACAUUUUUUAUCGGAUUUGUUGAUGAUCUAAUGUUUCUGGUUCAUAUUUAGGAUUCAUAGUUUUGACAAAGAUAAUUUAUUGUAACAAUACAACAACUUACAACAUUCAUUCAUUUAUUCCAUUUGAGGUGAUCAUACUUCAAUAUUUAAUUCA